UGUCACAAUGGUUAAAUAUGCGGUUAACCUCAGUGACGUCGCAUCAAGACUAGAAGGACUGUAAUUCAAAUUUUCGACGAUGACUGAACAAUAAGAAAAAAAAGAAAUCAAAAUAGGUCCUGGGGGUACUCAUUAAUUGUGGAUAUGCAACCAUUCGUGUCGUGAAUUCAUGACGUGUUUUUUUCCGUGGGAUAGGGGUCUAUAGGCGAUAUGUGGUCAUAAACCAGUAUUGUAGGUUUUUAGAUGUGUUUUUUUUUUUUACAUGGAAGCAAAAAAUGAAAGACCCCUAUGUGCAAUCCUCUAGCUUAAUGCAUAUUGCAAUAAUUAUAGGCUACUGCAACGAGAGAGAGAAACAGUGGAGUUCUUAUUCAUGACGUAUAUAAAGAAUACUUUAAAUCAUCGCAUUUGAGGACAGUGAAAUUAAUCAACUCAGUGUAUUGGCUUGCAUCGCUCCUGGACCCGCCUACCGGACGUGUUUUGAGACCAGAACGUCCACUUCAUUUGCUGGACAAGACAGAAGGCGCCCUUUAUGUGCUACAUUACCUCAUUUAAAAAAAUCACCACCUCGCUGCCCUGACCUCAGAGUCUAUCUAUAAAUGCCUAUUCGAGCUUUCGCCAGCCGGGUAAACAAUUGCGGUGAGUGUAUCUGAAAGCCCGUGGACCACGGAGACUGUAGCGCACCAUCUCAUUAUCUUCCUCGUAAAUGCCUCAUAAAUACCAGAAUGAUGCAAUUGUUUUACGCGAUAAGCCCGUGUUCGAGCCAAGAUGAGCUUGAGAGAAAUCUGCUCCGUCAGUGAAGGACACGUUGUGUGUGUUAAGCAUCCUACAGGCUAAGCGUUUUCUAGUGCGCGGUGUAUAGCAUCUAAUCAUUCAAGACGGACGGCGUGGCGGAGCACAGAGGGAAGGAGCACAGCGUGGCGGAGCAAAUAUGAGGGACAGGGACUUCAUGCCCAACGUGGAACGGGGGAAACCCGCCACAUACACUGGGGACAAGAAGGCUAAAAUGGCUGCGAAGACCAACAAAAAGUGGGUGAGACUGGCCACUGUUUUCGCAUACGUGUUGUCCGUGUCUCUGGCGGCUAUCAUAUUGGCCAUAUAUUACAGCCUAAUAUGGAAACCAACGUCUGCCUCCUCCUCAUCAUCAUCAUUUUCGAGACCCAAUGCUGUGACCCCCGUCACGGCAAAUACUACGAACAAUACCACCAGUGUACCAAAUGAUACCAUACACACAGGUACGCAGAAGACGGACACUUUUACACGCGAUGAGUUGAGGUCCAUGGCAUCACGUGUUACAAUAAAAACAGAUACCGCCGGGACCAAUGCAUUUCAGUCGUUGGAUAGUAGCAGUAAAAGUCCCACGGUCCCCUCAGGCGACAAUACGCCCACAACAGCGGUUGAAGGACCAACAAUAGUACACUUGGUCACCGCACAAAGCUACGCAGCCACACAGAACGAAAUGGCCACGCCGGCAGAAGUCAGAGACGCGUCUCCAAGUGUCACUCGAGAGGAUCCAGCGAACUUGCCGACGCACACAAACAGGAACCAAGAAGAGACGUGGUGGACGUUUGGAGUACAACAGGAAUCGCAGGAAGGAUAUGGGCUGGAUUCUAUCCGAGCGAGUCAACCGAUGGAUUCUUCUUGAACAAGAGUGAAGCUCGCGGAAGCCUCGGCGGCUCCAAACGCAGACCAACAGGCUUUGCGCACGGACUCUACCUCUGACCAGGCCCGGGGUACGCGGGGACUCGUUACCUUUACUGAUGCACAACUUGAUUCUGAUUUAAUAACGGAAGGGUCCUCUUACUUCCUGGAGGAGCUGGUUACCGUGGACAACGGGGAUGCCUCAGUCAAAACUACACAUGUCCUGAGCGCCCGUGAUUUUUUAGACACCAUACAAAGUGUGGUGUAGCGCCUAUUAUUCUUAUAAUGCAUUAACGCUUUGGGGAAAUUAUACAUCAAAUAUUCCAAAUGAUACCUUAAUUUGGCACCGUUAUUUGGAUUGUUGGCAUCACAACAUUUCUAUGGGUUAUAUCUUCAGUUCAAAUGUGACCCCAUAGUCUACUGCUGAGGAAAUUAACUAAAUACUUGGACUAGUCUGGAUUGGGCUAUAGGCAUGUAUGUGUUGUUUACAUUGGGCCUUAUUAUCAAGGAUGACGGACUAAUACACAAAUACUAAGCUAUUUAACGAAAAUACGCUCGACAAAUGCUGGCUAUUUUUAGGCCUUUAGGUUAUGUCCCAAUGUAAGAUGAUGUCAUAAAUGGAUUGGCAGAGGAAAAACAUGUAGUCCCUCUCAGGUAUGUCCAUAUAAACUUGAUUCAAAGCGAGAUUCACUGUGUUAUGAUCUUUUGAGUAGGAGUAGAAUUGUGCACACCGGCCUAUGUUGAUGUUUUAGCCAAAUGUAGCCUCCUUUUUACAAUUCCCAUGUGCAAUACGUAGCCUGUAUCAAGAGACAAAUAAAAACCUUUUGA